AUGCCACCUCCCAGAACGUGUCUAGAAUUGAUGUUCAAUCACAUUGUUCUGCCACCCCGACUCCCCGGCCAACAGGACAGUUCUGUGCAUAAUAUGGAUAGACACAUUACGCAGCAUGCCUUAAAUGCAACGAAGACACUCCUGGGAGCGUCCAAAAGUGACUGCAGGGAUGUCUGGGAUGGGGUGAAAAUGUCGCUAGAGCUUUGCCAUGCAGUCCACGCGAAUGGUCAUAUUGACCGUUUUGCUGUUAUGGAGGCAUUCGGUAAGAUGGACAAAGACAUGGGGAUUAUUCUUUAUAUAGACAAGCAGAAUUCCGGACUUCAUAUCCGGCAAGUGAAAGGGGAUGACGGUGUUGAACAAGUCAUCAUCGAAGCCUUCGAAGCCUCCCCUGCCGCGGAGAGCGUCCUCCAGUGCCAAGAUGCCCUACAAUGCGACUUUCCUGGGAGCGCUGUUUCGAUUCAAAUGGCCAGGUUCGAAGAGCAAUCUUUCCAGGAACGUCUAGCAAUAUUCCUGGACCAGGCAAGCGAGGAACGGAUUGAGCGAUUCGCAGCCAAAGCCCGGAAAGCGGGAGCAUCCCUGGUAGAAGCUCGCGAUACUCCUAAUCCCCACUUGAUAACGCAGAUGCUUAUGACACUUCUAGAGGCACAAGGGUCUCAGAUCUCCACUCCGAAAAUUCGGAAAAGGCUAAGGGAUGACGUUUGCUGGACGAAGGCUUAUGUUCCUUGGCGCAGAAACCCGCUGUAUUUGGUUAUCCGGGUCUGUAUACAGAGACUUCUCUAUUCCCUGCAUGGUCCCGAAAUUGGACGCAUGUAUUACAAAUUUUUUAUUUGUGCUAUUCACGCCGAAUUACUUCAAGAGAGUAUGGGCAUACUAUCCGUGGAGUCAUGCCAUUUGCUCGUCGCAAAACUAUCCCGGCGUCUGUCCAAGCUCGAGAUUGAGAGACAAAGUUCAAGAGAGGCAUCAUAUCUAGUAGUUGAAAACUUAUUUAAUAGUUAUGGACCUUGGUUUGAAGCCGUCAUUCAAGCAGCUACGCGAAUAAUGGAAGAUGAGUGGGUCUCCUUCAAGAACACUGUCGAGAAGAGCGUCCCGAGCCUGCCUCUCCGAGCGGAUCCGCAUGAUCUUCGCCUGAAGCUUCCGAACAGUGCUUCUCACCUUCACCAGCUCCUUUCACGAUGGAAACGUGGUUACGCAGAAGAGGCUCUACAAUCUUCUAGUAAAAAUCCGGAUAAGGGCGUGUGUUCUCCAUAUAAUCACUUUGCGAAUCGGUACUAUUCCUUGAAAAGAUUGGAAACUCAGUUAAAGGAUAGAUUCCCGUUGUCCGCAAUUGUAUACCAGGAUGACAAGUGCGCAGCACUUGCAAAAGCGAUCGAGCAUUACCUUGACGAGGUAUCCAACUUGUACGAUGACUGCAUUGAGCGGAAAAGUGCCAUGAUGGUGACUCUCUUCCAGUUGUGGGUGGUCAUGGAUAUAUAUGCUGUGCAGCAGUUCCCGCUCCUCAAGGAGUACCGUCCACCCUUUCCGCCAGAAGUGUUAGACAUAUUACAGCUUUCCAAAUACGAAGAUCUAGCCCGUCUUCAGGACAUACAGCAAUAUCUGAAAAAGCGUGAAACACAGUGUCGAUUCAAAUCUCUCACGUUAUUCUCCGAUCCUGUAAGAAAUUGCUUCGCAGAUCGAUAUGUCCGUUGCUCCUCUGAUGCUGACCGGCUACAACGACUCAACCGUGAUAUUGAAACCGCGUCCUCUGCGGCAAAAUAUCGGAAGAAGGUGGAACUGGAUCGAAUAAACGAGCAAUAUUCAAGUCUUUCCCAGAGGAUAACAUCAGCAAUCUGCACUCGAAAACGAGAUCCACCAGGCACAGGUUGUACUCACUGCAGACUCAAAAAGCAGCGAAAGAAGCUGCAAAUAACAGCCCAUGAAGACUUUCUACCUGAGGAGAGCUCAAAACAUGCUGCUGUUCAACGGAGGGCGAUUCUCUUUGAGCUUGCCAUGCCGUCCUGUUUGGCCGCAUAUCGGGACACAUCAUGGAGGAUAAUAGCCAAAUUUGGAAGACCAAAAGAUGGAAUGGAAGCAAGUCUACCCCAACCGAGGGUACUUUUAUCCCGAUGGGACUCUUUAAGACCAUAUGUCAAUCAUUGUGAAUUACGGUUCCAUUUAGCAUCCACGACGAAAUCGUUCCUUGUCUCCCACUAUAAAGGAUCAGCGCUCCCAGUGACAGAUGCCCAAAUACUUCUUCCCUUCGGGCUUCGGUUGUCAUACUAUGAUACGAGAGAGGAGAGAUGGGCAUCGCAUCUAUCCUCAGGGUUCACUUUCGCACAUUCAUUCGGAAUACACCAAUCAAUCCUCACCUUGCUGGGACCCGAAAACGCUUCGGAAUUCGCGGCAGAUGCAGAUGGGCCCUCGUCGUAUAAAAUAAUGAGCGUCCAGAAUAAAUCUCCAGGCAGCCUGAGUGCUCACGAAUACAUGGCAUAUCAGAACUUGCUUGCGGGGAAAGCCUCUCGCUGGCUAUCAGUUCUCCGAGAGUUGGGUUCUUCAAACAUCAAUUUCAGCUCGGAGGCGACCAUGCAUCUGUUUAACUAUCUUGCGAUGCAAGCCGGUCCCAGCUACGAAGGAGAACGUUUGCGAAAGGUCCACGCGGUCUUUGAAGAUGUCACGUUUUGUACUCGACUGGCCAAUCAAAUCGAAAGUUUGUUACAAGGGAUCUCGGAUAACUGGCGCGAAUCUUUUUGCAUGGAGGCUUUGAUAACUUUUGCCCUUCGUCUAUGUUCCCUCGGGCCGACGCAAGCAGCUACGGAAGGCAGGAGACUUUUACUGACAGCACGGCAAAUCACUUUACGAUGGAUACAUCGAAUACGCGAGGACAUUGGCCAGGCAGUAGAUUCAGAGGCCGCAAAACAGCUUAGUAGCUAUGCAUUAUUGGCUGGACUCUUAUGCAAAAGGACAUUCGAAUUUGAUUGUGAUCACUUACGGGAUGACAGUGCCUUGGAAACCUUUCUCCGCGCUUGCAUGGCAAUUCCAGAGAAUAUGACCCUUAAGCCCGAACAGCUCCCGGCUACAACUAGAGGGAUGCUUAUUCGUGAUAUUCAAAUGACUGUGUCGAUUCACGGGCUGCUCCAAAGCACAAUCCAGCGCCAUCCAGAAAGUCUGCAGCUUGCUAUCAGCAGUGUGUGGCCUGACACCGCAGAUCGCCCGAGGACGUAUCGUCCUUGGCGGUUCAUUUCGAAAUCUGAUAUAUGGAUGGUCUCAACUGCUACUGCAUCGGAUCUUUCUAGACCACAGCUAGUCCACUAUCAUAUAUUAGAGGGGCAUCUCCUUGUAGACCGCAAACCCGUCGGCAAAUUACCGGCUGAGAUACGAGACGCGGAUAGUGUCCAAGAACUAUUUGGGCCACAGCAUCUGCUCGUCUUUCCCUCCGCCUUGAGAGAUAUGACAUAUGUGCUAUCGACAUUGAGGAGCGGACAUCAGAUCCAUUUCGGCCUCUAUGAAGGCAAGGUUGUGAUUCGGGCCCGCGUCCGCGGCACCGUCCUUCAAUUUGUGGAGCGAACAGUUUUUGGCACCGGCAUCAGGGCUGAUUUGCCGACUCCGCUCCUCGACGAAUAUUUCCACUGGCUAGACUUGGGCUCGGGUGAGCUGGAAUUCAGAAGACGUGCCCAUUUGUGGUGGUAUAAACGCCCUGGAAAUUGGAUGCUUCACGUGGGUGUACGUCAGGCGUCCCGCCGACAAACCCUCCUGGUCGACCCCCACAGCAACGUAUUCCAUCGAAUUGCCGGGAUUUUUGAGCAUUUCGAGUCUGCAGACAGGCUAGUUGUUUUCCAGCCUGCCAAAAGAAACCUUAGCGUGGAGCUGAAGCGAAUGGAUUUGGACUUUACCGUUAAUAGGAAUGGCAUUUUACUCUGUAAACAGCUACGCUCGGAGAUAGAUCCAAGCCAGGAUGCUGGAACAUGGUAUGGCUUGCAAAGCAAAAUCGUUCUUCGCGAUAAUGAGAACCAUCUAUGUCGAAGUAUUAUCGUUCCAAUUGGGUCUAUACAGUAUCGUCGCCACGAUGUUCACGUCCUUGUUAGGGUAGUCAACGAUGGUCGAUAUGGGCGAUACUUGAUCGAUAACACACUUGGGCGGCUCGAAUGUGCGCCAGAGCCGUUGCUGGUAUUCACAAAAUCGCAAUUACAUGCUUUUACGUCUUUCCCCCUGUCUGAUACUCUCACAGGGCGCACCGGCACUGAGGAGGCUUUGUCGUGCUUAACAUCUGCGCAAAGCCAGCCUUGGACUCUUCUAGGCCCCGCUCAGUGCACACCUCUCCAAACUAUCGCGCGACUGACACCAGUGAGGAAGUACUAUCCUUCACAUCUGAAACGGCAGCAGAACGUCGCCUGGGACGAAAAUCUCACGAUGACCAUCCAACACGAUCAAUACCGACCUGUGAUUGAGAAUAUUCUAGCAAAAGGGGAGAGGCUCUCCAAGUUUACAUCGCACAAUGUUUAUCAGUUGGAACUGGAACCAGGCAGUGCUGCGUGUUUAAGGGAGAGGAACUACAUUCGAUGCCAUCGCUUUGAACGACCUGACGCCUUCCCAAGACCUACAAUAGACUGUAGAGAUACAUUAUAUGACAGCCGAGAUAAACUAGAACGGAACAAUGCCACGAGCAAUGUAUUCGAAAUUGUCAGUAUCCUUCACAACAGUCCUUCUCAAAUCUGUACCACUACAGAUUUGGCCCAGCUUCUUGACGGAAUCCCGUACAUUACAGGGUAUUUCGAGAAGUUUCAGAAUUCUUCGCUGAGCGAUCUCCUCGGUCUGGAUAUCGGCACGGAGUGGGGAAGAUUGGUAAACCUGUGUCGCGACUCCAAUAAUCAGCAUCUGGAGGCCAUGUUUACAUUGGGCACAAUCGCAUUCGCAGGAAAUACGAACAUGGGACUUUUGCGAAGCCUGGCUGCGAUCUGUAUCUUGAAGGAUGCCAAGGACCUGAAACUGCCACUCCAUACAGGCUAUUCUGGAUUUCAGUUGAAUGACAAACCCACACAAGAAUCUCUAGAAAUGUUAAUGGACCGCUAUCCCGAAAUAUUAAUUAAUGGUACAAGCUUCGACGGAGCUUAUAAUUCUAUGGCAGAAUCUGAAGACCUCUGCAGAGAUGAGUGCCACGCGCUCGCGGAAAAGCUUUUACAGCAGUGGCCGUGCCCACAACCUUCCAACAUCAACCUAACAGCAACGCACAUUGAUGUAAAUAAGGCCCUCGCCAUGGUCCAAGUGGAGUGGCUGCGGCUCUUCAAGAAUUUUGAAUUCGCACAGACUCUUGUGGCGUUCCAAAACGUCCUUAACCAGUAUCAGGGAAGAUCUAAUCCGAUGACCUCGGAAAUACCUUCACCACGCCUCCUGCGGUAUUCCGCUCCAGUUCGAGAUGUGGAGAUUCCUACAAUAUCUGACUUGUUUUCAAAGAAAGGACCUACAUCAUUUCGGCUGAAACAUUCUUCAUGGUCUACGUUGCCAAGACAAGAGCAGUUUGCGAAUUCGGCGGCUGAUAGCUCUGCGCAUGCAUCGAAUGGCACCGCACAACAAAAAACAAAAGAUUCUCCAGAGAUUGAAGAGCUUACAAGCAUCAUCACAAAACUUGCUUCUUCCAAAUCUGCCGUACGAACAGCAUACGCGAAGAAUAUGAAGGAUAGUCUGGCCGCGCUUCAACAUCAACCAACAGAGCACAUGUUAGAAGAAAUUCCCACUCCUAUCAAUCUUCCGGCUAUUAUUUUCAAAGUUCAGAACCAUUUGAGAAAACAACUCGCUGAAAUCCGUGCUUUCUUUGCUGACAACGAUAGGCGGUAUAAAUGGUUGCAUGCCGCUCAACUAUGGCCCUGCUUAAUCCCGGUAACUGUGCUUCAACAGCUAAGAUCAACCAAUCGCUAUGGCUUUCGUUCUAAAAUAAAACAAGCUCUUUUGAGCUACGGCCUCUCUAUAACUCAUGUGCAACAGCUUUUACGAAUUCACGAUGCCAGUCUGAAGAACGAUGCUCAACGUUUGCAAGACGAGUAUAACAACCCUGGACAUGAAAACUGGCAGCCCAGCGAGUUCCCAGACUGGCUGCUGAUGGAGAUUGAAGCAAACAUGCUUAUCCGAAAAGUCCAAGUGGCUGUUGCGCGAGCAACCAUACUUCCAGCGUCGAAAUCCAAUUCUGUGCUUCAGCUGAACAUGGGGCAAGGCAAGACUUCUGUAAUUAUGCCCAUGGUGGCGUGUGUCCUAGCCAAUGGCCGCAAUCUUGCCCGCUUGAUUGUACCCAAGGCUCUGUUGCUACAGACUGCACAAAUCAUUCAGGCACGUCUGGGAGGUCUUGUUGGCCGCGAAGUUUGUCAUGUUCCUUUCUCCCGGAAAACGCCAACAGGGGUUGCAUCUGUUCAAGAGUACCGAGCCCUACAUAUGGAAUCAUUGGGUAAAUGUGGCAUUGUUCUCACCACUCCGGAGCACCUACUUUCUUUCAAACUUUGUGGGCUUCAGUGCCUCUCGGAUUCGCGCCUAGAAUCGGCCAGACACAUAAUUUCUACAACGGACUGGCUCACGCGAGUUUGUCGGGAUGUUGUGGACGAGUCAGAUUUCUCUUUGGCUGUGAAGACGCAGCUAAUAUAUCCAAGUGGAUCACAGCUGCCGCUAGAUGGUCACCCUUAUCGAUGGAAGAUCGCUCAUGCCUUGUUAAACCUAGCGAAGGAGCAUUUAGGGGAAGCCCAAGAGGAAUUCCCAGCAAGCUUUGAGCUCGUAAAGCGUGCCAAUGAUGGUUUUCCAUUCAUUCAUAUCCUCCGACCGGAUGUGGAAUCCUUCAUCCAUCAGAGGCUGGCUGAUGACCUGUGUUCCGGCCGAACAUCAAUCCUUCCUACACCGGCUGUUGGCUAUCAACAAGCACUUCGGAGUUUUAUUUCCAAUGGCGCAGUUGAUCAGUCGGUGGUAACAACAGCAAUGCAAGCGUUCGUUGAACCAGAGGCUAUUAAAAAGAUGUUUCUUCUCCGCGGGCUACUCGGCCAUGGAAUCCUUCUGCAGUGCCUAAAAAAAAGGUGGAACGUGCAGUAUGGCUUGCAUCCCAAAAGGGACCCUGUCGCGGUUCCUUUCCAUGCUAAGGGAGUCCCUUCCGAACAAGCUGAAUGGGGUCACCCUGAUGUCGCAAUAGUGCUCACCUAUCUAUCGUUUUAUUAUAGUGGUCUUACGCUCGGCCAGUUACGCCAGUCUCUGCAGGGGCUCUCCGACUCCGAUGAUCCAUCCAGUGAAUAUGACCGCUUGACAAAUUAUGUAAAAACCUUACCGGAGUCUCUGCGGCACUGGAAUCUGAUUAGUACUGAUGACGAAGGCCAACUUCGCGAAGCCUGGACCCAUUUACGUUAUUCAGUGGCUUUCAUCAACUAUUUUUUGGAAAAUAUGGUGUUUCCAAUACAUGCAAGGCAUUUUCCACAAAGACUGCAAAUGUCUGGAUGGGAUAUCCCAUUAUUCACUACUGAGGGAAAUUCGAUGCUAUGCAAGGGUUCCAUACCACACGCACUAACCACAGGAUUCAGUGGUACAAACGAUAACCGUGGGCUUCUUCCUCUGACAAUCCAGCAGAAUGACUUGCCAGAGUUAUUUCACACAAAUGCAGAAGUUUUAACAUACCUGCUGCAGCCGCGGAAUCGACUAUAUGUGCUUGCCGCACACUCAGAUGGUAAACGUUUAUCUGAACUCCAGUUCAUCAAGAAGCUUCACAUGAUGGGCAUCCGUAUUCUUAUAGAUGCUGGAGCACACAUUCUGGAGCUGGACAACAAAGGUUUCGUGCGGAAAUGGAUGGAAAUUGAUUAUGGUGCUCCAGCAGCGGUUUAUUUUGACACAGGUAGCAAACCUUGGGUGGUGGACCGCAACAACAAGGAGGUCCCCUUAUUAGCAUCGUCGUUCGCGGGUAACUUAGAGGAUUGCUUGGUAUAUUUGGAUGAAGCCCAUACACGCGGCACCGAUUUGAAGUUUCCCCCGUUUGCGAAGGGAGCGCUGACACUGAGUCUCGGCCAAACCAAGGACCAUACAGUUCAAGCUGCAAUGAGGCUCCGUCAACUGGGGAAGUCACAAUCUGUGGUGUUUAUUGCCUCGCCUGAUGUUAAUCAAAGUAUCCUGGAUGUUGGACGGAAAACACACAAGGAUAAAUUGGAUUCGGCCGAUGUUGUAGGUUGGCUUCUUGAGCAGAGCUGCAGCAGUAAUGAGAACCUACAAAGGUUAUAUCUCGCCCAGGGAUACGAUUUUUGCCGUCGGGUUGAAGCUGCUUCAACAUAUAAAAACUUCCUUUCGGAUCAGCACCACCAACAGGCGCUUCUAGCCGAGAUAAUACAUCAAGAGCAACAGACACUAGAGCAAUUGUAUAUGCCAAAAAGCGUCAAUUGGGCGGUACGUGCAGAUGUACACAGGCCAAAAAUCAUCCAAGAGUUCAUCCGUGUGCUGGACCAGCAGCGUCUUGAUCUUGAUACUAGUAAAGUGGCUACAUUUUUAGAGUUCACAGAGGUUGAGCAGGAACGUGAACUUGAGGCACAAGUUGAGGAGGUACGGGAAACCCAGUGUCCUGUCUUCUUCCAGCCGCUUGAAUUUCCUGGACUCCAUCCAGCGGUGCUCAACUUUGCAACCACUGGAGAACUUCAAGGUUCCAGUGGAUAUGAGCCAGCUUUUGCUGCACUACAACGAACAGCAUUGGGAAAGAAAUACGGAGUCUGUAGUGUGGGCAAGUCAAAACUAUUUGUCUCCACUGAAUUCACCAGAACUAUUGCUGGUGUUAGGGAUGGUGAUUGGCUAGAUGACUUCCUUGUAAGUGCUGGACUUCACAUCAAUACAGACAUCUCAUUAAAUUAUCCCCAGCGUCCCAUCCACUGGAUCCUGUGGAGUCCCAUAACAAACACAGCUCUUGUUAUCAUACCGGAGGAAGCAGAAUGCCUCGUUCAAACAAUGAGAACACAGAAAAACACACCGACAACACAUCUUCUUGUCUAUGCUGCACCAUUCACUAGGAAGAUGAUGUUGUUCAAUCAAUUGGAUUUUUACGCGCUGCCACCGCUGGAUGGCGACAAUCGAUUCCCAACAGCCUUAAAAAUAGAACUAGGAAUUCUAUCUGGCCGCCUCUAUCUCGAUUUUGACGAGUACAGUGCGACAAUGCGGUAUCUAAAAAUGGAUAGUACUUGCGCUAUAGAGAGAUCGGGCAAUUCUACUCACACCGUGCUCCCAGUGGAUAAACCUGAUGGAUUUGCAAAUGACCCCCUCAGUUUCUUGCAGGAGUGGUUAGCCGUCACUAGAAAGGGUCGGGAGUUUGGCCAUACUCCUCUAGGCUACAUUUGUCAAGGACGACAGCUUUCAAAGACUCAUUCGAUCUUCAACUGGGGCACCACGAACAUGCCCAUGGCUGAAGAAAUGUCCAGGCUGCAGAUCAAUGAUGAUAAUACAAGCAUAGAUGGACGAGAAGACAGUGAACUUUCUGACUAG